AUGUGUGUCGUUAGUUUGGUGAGUAUGUACAUUGUGUGCAGCAAAAACGUUGGGGAUGUAUACAUUGACAUAUAUGAAAAUUCUGAUUUAAUUAGUGCCGACAAUUCAGUAUAUUUUGAAAAAGACAAUAUCAAUCUUAACAACAAACAGGACAGAAGCAUCAAAAAUGUUACUGAACCUACUGAAAAUAAUAUAAACAAUGGCAACCUCGCUAUUAAUAACGACUCAAAAGAUGGAAAUUUUGACAAAAAUUCUGAAAGAAUUGGCAAAAAACCCAUCGGCAAAGUUAUCAAAAACAUUUCAAAAAAGCUAAACUCAACGAAAAUUAACAACACUAGAAACGACAUCAUUAACAACAACGACAAAGACGCCAUUAGUAACAUCAACAACAUUCAUGUCAGCAACAGAAGGAUCAAAAGCAGCAAUAACAUCAACAACAACAACAUCCACAACAAUAACAUCCACAACAAUAACAUUAAUGACAACAAUAGUUUAAAAGUAAACUCAAAUAACAGCAAUAGUUACAAUGAAAAUUACAGCAACGAAAAUGAAUAUGAAAUUCUAAAUAAAAGGUACAGCGAUGAACAUGUUUAUUUAACACAUAAGAUAACUCCUAUUGAUACAACUACCACUACUAUUGCAACUACUAUUACUGCUUCGACCACUACUACUACUGCUGCUACUACUGCUGUUACUACAGCUGCUGCUGUUGCUGCAGCUACUACUGCUGCUGCUUGUAUUACUUCUAUCACUGCUACUACUUCUAGUAAGAACGUCAAUUAUAACGGUAAUAGGAAAAAAAGUACUACAACUACUACCACUACAGCCACUACUACUACUACUACUACUACCACUACUACUACUUCUACUACAACCGCGAAUAAUAAUAAUUAUAAUAAUAAUAAAAAUAUUAUAAACAUAACUAAUGGCUAUAAAAAGAUUGAAAAUAAGAAGUUGAAUUCAGAGCUGAUGAAAAAAUUUAGCGAACCUAAGGACUUAUCAGUGAAAAAAUGA